AUGGUGGCCGAUUACAACCACGCCGUCCUCGCCCGCCUGAGGAUCGCCCUGACGAAGUGGGAGGUGAGAGAGAAGGAGUUUGCUGCCACGCAGCCGCGGGUUCACCGGCGCAGGAGCAGCAGGGUGAUUGCCAUCCCCGACGCUGACGGCGGCAGGAGCACCCAGUUCACCAGGCAGAAGGUGGUCAAGGUGCUGCUUUAG